AAACGAUAAAGUCCACAAUAGUACAUUUACAUUCAUCAAUUCUGCCUUUCUUUCUCUGAAACUGGUGGUCCAUUCAAAACCUACCUUUUCAUGGUACCCCCAAUUUAAAGCCUUUCUUUUUGGAUAUUCAAUGAAGAGCUACCUAUUUUGGCCAGUGGAAGGAUUCAUCCGUCGAUGUUUUCCACCCUUCACCCUUGAAGUUGUGAUGAACAGGUAGGAAGAACAGCCUACAUAAGCUAUUCCUAGAGCUUCAAAGGAUUUAAUAUUUCACAUAUAUGAACAGCUCAGGUAGGCAGAAAGUUAAGGGUGAACUUGGUGACACGUGACCUUAGCUUGCGACCCCUUCAAGUCGUUCAAUGUUGACGUCUUCCAUCCGCUGUCAUAUUUCUGGAUGGUACUGAUUUCAACCAUGCCACCACAAUUAUCCACGACAGCAAGUACGAGCCUUACAAUAUCAAAUCCUUUGGUGCUUUAUCGAUCCUUACUGGCAACUAAAAUAAUCGAUCCUGAUCCGGCGCAACACAGACUAGCUCUUGAGCUUCAAAAUAUAUAUCUACGGUUAAAAGACUACUCACCAAAAGCUGAAUAUGGCUCACGACUCAGAGCGAUCAGUCAAGCAAUUGAGGAUGCUCCAAAGCCAAAUGAUGAAAACUCAGUGGCAGUUCCUGGCCAUCCGCUGAGAAGGAACCCUCUCUUUGCCCAUUUAUUCCCAAAACAGGAGACAGACUCCCUUGCACUGACAAGAAUUCUGACAAGUCAUGAUGCUGCCAUGAAUAUUGACUCCCCGAAAGGGAUGCUGCUUCAUGGAGAAGUAGGCACCGGAAAGUCUAUGCUAUUUGACCUGCUUGCCGACAGUCUUCCAAACAAGAGGAAGAGGCGAUGGCACUUCAAUACUUUCAUGCUGGAAACUCUUGCAAGGUUAGAGCAGCUUCGGCAGACCCGCUCCAAAGGAAGCGCCUCUGGAGCAGAUGCAGAACACUCUCUUGUAUGGUUGGCAAAGGAUAUGGUAGAACAAACCCCGAUAUUGUUCUUGGACGAAUUCCAACUACCAGAUCGAGCAGCCAGCAAGAUUCUGAGCAAUCUUUUCACGGCGUUCUUUCAACUAGGUGGAGUACUAAUCGCCACAUCGAACCGCAUGCCGGACGAGCUGGCUAAAGCAAGUGGUAUGGACUUCGCUGCACAACCUCGGGGCGGACUUGUCCGAGGCUUGUUCGGAUUCGGUAGCAAAGGCAAGAUUUCCAUGUUCCCGGCAAACGACGAGUACGCAGGCUUUGUGGAAGUUUUGAAAGCGAGAUGUGAGAUCUGGAACAUGGAGGGUGGUCGAGACUACAGGAGAAGAGAGACGGAGGAAAUCAAUGAGGAAGAAAACGAGAUUGUGGAGACUAUGAGGCAAGAAAUGAUCGGAGGAUUUGCAAAGCACGACGAGCGUGUCCUUGGAGAGACUUUGGCUGCAGUGUCGAAAUUGAUAUCCGGAGCUGCGACUAACGAAGAUGAUUCUAAAUUAAAUAAAGGAAUGACUCCCAGAAAGUACUUCUUACUCAGUAUGGACUCCGAGGAACAGUGGCAGAAUGCAAUAAGAGCGAGUUUGCCAUUAAACAUGCCCAAGAGCAUUCCAUGGCAGUCUACAACACUUCAAGUCUUUGGACGAAAAGUCCCAAUUCCCCGUUAUCUAGAAGGAGUAACUUCUUGGUCAUUUACAGAUCUUUGCGGGGGAAUGUUCGGUCCAGCAGACUACAUCACUAUGGCUUCCACAUUUCACACAUUCAUUCUUGACGAAGUUCCCGUGUUGACACUAAUGCACAAGAACGAAGCAAGACGACUAAUUACCCUUCUUGACGCCCUGUACGAGGCUCGAUGCAAGCUUCUCAUCAGAGCUGAAGCCGGUCCGGAUGACUUGUUCUUCCCAGAAACCAACAUUCUGGCUGGACCCACAGCAACAGGCGUGGCAAGAGAAGAGAAUGAUAGUGGUGAUGCCGUCUACCCAGAAACACUCUCGGAGAUCUACCAAGACCAAACAUCUCCUUUCCGGCCUAACAUCUCAUCAUACACCGAUGUCACUAAGGCGGGAUAUGAUCCUGACGAAGAUUCUGAUUUCGGGCCUAUCCCAGGAAAAGCCGGUGAGAUUGGACGGAAAGUCGACUUUGGAAUGACCAGCUCAUUCACAGGAGAAGAUGAGAGGUUUGCAUACAAGCGAGCACGAAGUCGCUUAUGGGAGAUGUGCGGUGCCAGAUGGCAUGCUAGAUCACAGCCAGGUUGGUGGAGGCCAUUGCCAGUCGAAGUUCGGAGAUGGGAACGAUCCUCCCCACAAUCGCCUUCCUCUCAAGGACCCCUCGAGAUUAAAGGAGACGUGAAGAUGGGCGAGUCGAUCAUACUCGAUAAGCCGGCAGGACUUCAAGGGAAAGAGCUUGAAGAGAGGGAACGUGCUAAGAGUCCAUUUAGAGAACCGCGCGAUCCGCCUCCAGAAUUUGGAGUCUGGCAUGCUUGGGGAAUCACGAAAUGGGGAAAGAAGGCAGGAGUAUGGGGUCAAGGUCCUGAUGGCUUAGAUGCCAGAAAGGGUAAUAAAUGA